AUGUCUUUCUCUAGCCUUGUACAGGAUUUAUCAUUCAGAGAUGCUGCCAGUGAGCGACGACCACCGAUUCGAGGUGCAGGAUCCGUUUCGACCUAUGAUGAUCGUGCAUCUUAUAUCUCUAGAGCCGACUCCCACGUCUCUAGAGCCAGAUCAUAUGCAAGCACAGCUGCGACAAGCGUGAGCAUAUCUGGAGAUAUUAGCAGUCAACUGCAUGGUGGUUACAGCCAUCCUUUGGCAAGAUCAUGGCAGGCUGAGAGACAAUUGACUAAGUCAAUGCUUAUUUACCCCCUCUUCAUUUCCGAUAUCGAUGAUGAAGAAACUCUUAUUCCCUCCCUUCCUGAUCAACACCGCCGAGGCAUCAACAAAGUUGUCGCAUUCUUAGAACCUCUCGUUCGUAAGGGUUUGAGAUCAGUCAUAUUGUUCGGCGUACCAAUUGCGCCCAAUGCGAAGGAUGCUCUCGGAACCUCCGCAGAUGAUCCACAAGGUCCUGUCAUUGCUACAAUUCGACUUCUCCGUCAGCGAUUCCCACAACUCUUUAUCGUGGCAGAUGUAUGCCUCUGCGAAUACACUUCUCACGGACAUUGCGGUAUUCUACGGGACGAUGGUAGUCUCAACAACCAGCUGUCGGUCGAUCGUGUCUCGGAUGUUGCGAUCGCAUAUGCUCAAGCCGGUGCGCAUUGUGUUGCACCAUCGGAUAUGAACGAUGGACGUAUCCGUGCUAUUAAGCUUAAGUUGAUUGAGGAGGGUAUCGCACACAAAGUCGUAUUGAUGUCAUAUGCUGCCAAGUUCUCUGGCUGCUUGUAUGGACCAUUCCGUGAUGCAGCAGGUUCUGUUCCCUCAUUCGGCGAUCGAAAAUGCUAUCAACUACCCCCAGGAGGUCGUGGUCUUGCUCGCAGAGCCAUUGAAAGAGAUAUUGGUGAAGGUGCCGACAUUAUCAUGGUCAAGCCAGCAAGUCAAUAUCUUGAUAUCAUCAGUGACGCGAAGGAGAUCGGAAAGAACAUGCCUAUUGCAGCAUAUCAAGUUAGUGGAGAAUUUGCUAUGAUUCAUGCAGGAGCAAAAGCUGGUGUUUUUGACUUGAAGACAAUGGCCCUUGAAUCUUCGGAGGGCAUCUUGAGAGCCGGUGCAACUAUUAUCGUCAGUUAUUUCACACCACAGCUCCUUGAUUGGCUUGAGUCAUAG